AUGACCAGCAAACCGGAACCAGACAAAUUGGGACGGAACAUGAAAGCGCUGCCCGCGAGCUGCCAAAAACUGGCCGACGGCAUCCAGCAGUCGUGGAACAGAGCAAUCCCGGAAAAUGACUACAUCCAGCUCGGUACCCUCCGGUACGGUGUGCGCCUAUCGAACACGGGCCUACUGGAUGGCGGAGGCAAAUCCACUCACCAGCACCAGCCGAUGGAUGAUGUGCCGGGCAGUGACUCCCGUGGAUCGAUCACUUCUUACGAACUCGCAACGAACGGUGAUGGUGGCCGUGGCGGCGAAAGUGUCCACAGUCCGGGCGGCAGCGUUAGUAGCAGCAGUGGCGGUGGCGGCGGAGGAGGAGAAAAGCCCCAUUGCUGUUGUAUCGGAUCGAGUGGCGUGGAGCUGCCGUGGACGAACACUUAUGCUCGCACCAAACUACCCAUUCCGAGUGGAGGCGCCGCUAAGAAUAGAAAAUCAUCUCCCUCAGCAUCGACAGCAUCGACGGCGGCGGCGGCGGCGACGGUGGGUGGUUCGCCAGUAGCAGCAUCAACCGACCGGGCCUCGUUUCUGGACCAGCAACAGCGAGCGUUGAGGCCGCUUCCACUGGCACCCACUGGUCGGAGCAACGGCCACGUCGCUCUCAGUCCGUCGGCGCACCCGUACGGUCACGGAAGCGGCGACACGCUAUCCUUGCCUGGUGGCUACAGUAACGGUCACAACAGCAACAACAACGGUUAUCACAGCAUCAGUCCCACCGGUGGCAGCAGCAGUACCAGCAGCGUUAACGGAGGGCGUAACGCUGACGAUCCGCAGCAGUACCCGGUGGGCGACAACUCACCUCGCUGCUCGGCAGUUGUCUGCUGUUACGGCACUACGACCGGAAGUGCCAAGUGCAAGAGACAGAAACGCUCUCCAGUGGCGGACGGAGCUGACUUCACUCUUCAACACCACCCGCACCCGCACCAGCAUCCUCACGAUCGGCACGAUCGGUCAGCGAUCGAUGAACGGGCGUGGAGUGGAACGGCGUCCGAUCGGCGCGAGCCGCGCCUGGUGAGGAGCAGCGGUGAGUGCGACGAUGAAGGUGGAAGUACCGCCGGCGGUCCCGACUGUGGCGGCGGCGUCGGCAUAUCAAGUGGCAGCUUGUAUCGGCCCGAUGGCGGUGGCAAUUUAAAUUUAAAUCCGAGAAACGCACCACAACACCAGCAGCUGCAGCAACAGGCGCGUUGGCGCAGAAAAGAUGCGAACAUAAAUAAUUUCGAGAAAAAGAGAAUUUCGUCCGAACCGGAGGAGGGCUGCUUUGGAUCGAUCGGGAAAGGCACGGUCCGAUUGCUCGCUGGCGAAGCUGGUCUGAGCGUGGUUUCGGCUGCAUCACCACCUGCGUCGUCCUGCUCGCCACCAUCCACGGGGUACCCGAUUCAGGAUCCCGAUCCGCCCAGUCCCGGAGUGUGGGGUGCCCCGUCAUCCGAUAGUGUCGUUGGACAGCGACGCCGAGUCCUUCAACCGCCGUCCUCGCUGCCGGUGGUGAAGUCGUACAGCUUUCAUCGGGAUCGCUCCGGAUCGCCCGGCGCUGGUCAGCUGUUCGAGUCGCCGCUUUUCGAUUCGUUCGUCGGCCGAAAUAAAUCGUUUCGUAACGCAAACAACGCGAGACGAUUGGCCCGGCCCCAGGCGGCUGUCCGAGAUGGUCCGAUCGAUGGCGCAGUAGCCGUAGCGAGGCACACGAGCGACGGCGUGCCGUCGUCGCUAGUUCCGUACCGGGUGAGCGUAACGCGCAAAUCUUCGCUGCCUUCGCAGCCACCGGGCAGCGGGCAGACGGGCCAGACGGCGGGUGGCCGGGGAUCGGUCGAUGAGUGCUAUCCGUUCGACAAGUCCACCUGCCAGCCGGAGUGUAUCCUGACGCCUCGGUCCCACCGGAAGCACCCGUGCAGUGAUGCGAUCAACGAGAUCCGGCUGCAAUCGCUCAGCAAGUACUGCAACCAGCUGCUGCUGGCCGGCGCAACCCGGCAGGUGGUCCCCGAGCAGCCGGGCGGCGAGUUUCGCCGUGGGCCAGUGCCACGAACCGUCGACGAUCUGGAGGAGGAGAUCGGUUACAUUGACUCAUCGGAUCCGUCGCCGGGGAUCGGGGAUGACCGUCACAACGGGCACAGUCUGACCGUCGCCGCCAGCAAGCACCGACGGGCGGGCCCGCACCCCCGUUACCACCAGCAACAACAACAACAUUCGUCGAUCAUCACCCACAGCACGGUCCGGAUCGCGGCCGCCAUCGUGAGCGGCGGCGUCGACGGUGGCACUUUGCCAGUAACCUCACCGAGUGUUAGUGACGAUCACAGAAACAAUUACAUCGACUCGUCCUCGGACGAGCUGAGCAGUGUGUGCAGUGGGUUCGAGCAGCUAGCGCGCGCCUGUAGUAGUGGCAGCACCGUGCCGAGCAGGGCCGACGAGGUGGACGUUCGCCCGUACCAGGCGUCUCAUUCCGCGCGUAACGCCAGUAACGCAACCACCGUUGAUCAGUACUCCGAAAGCGCCUUACCACCGACGGGUAUAGUUUCCUGCGCCAGUGGCAUCCUAGUAGCCUAUGGCUGCAACAGUGAUGACCAUAGCAGUGGCAGUGGCAGUAGCAGCAGUAGUAGCCGCGCCACGGUGAACGGUGGUGCUGGCAGCCCCGUUUCGUCCUCUGCGUCGCACGGUGGGCUGAACUGCUUCGGAAGAACCGCUUCCUCACACUUCCAUGCGGCCGGGGACAAAACGAUAAUGGAGAAGCGUAGCAGUAAUACCCUCGACCGUCUGCAGCGGUUGGUGAAGAAAAGCACCUCGGGACUGAAUGAAAAGAACAGCAGCAGUGGCACGGGCUGUCCAGUCAGUUCGAGCGGCGGCAAAACGGAGCGAUUGCGCGAGUUAACCGAUCUGCUGAAGGGCAGCGGUAGAGCUCCACCACCGGUACCGCCUCCUCGGCGUGCCAAGCACACCCAAAGCAUCGAUCGCAGCUCGUUCGAGCGUCCGACAGCCUCGUCCGCUUCUAGUCUACUCAACAUUGAUGGGCUGCGCUGCGCUCCCGACACGGCGUCGACCGAAUCGGACCUGCUGCUGCGGCAGGGUAAAGGAUCGCGCUCGGUCGACCUGCCGUACCGCUUUGCCGCCGACAGCCAACGCAUGUCGACGCCGAGCUCGCCGCAAACGGAGCACAAACCGAUGAGCCUGCGGGCGAACGUGAGCACCUCGAACCUGGAGGCGCUGCACGAGAGCCGCCGGGCCCCGCCGAAGCCGUCCGUGGGCGAGGAGUGCAAAUCGGAGACGGCCCUCAAGCUGGACGACGAGGAGCUGUUCGCGAAACUGUCCCGCCCGGAGUCACGCACGAUCGUUGGCUCGUACACGCAGAAAACGAUCCCGUUCCGCAGUGCAUCCUUCUCGCAGGUCGACUACUCCUCCGGCAAGUACAUCCGGUCGGCGCUCGGGGCGCUCAAGAGCAGCCUGCUGCAGAAGGGCAAAGACUCACUGGCGGCGGCGGCGGCAGCGGCACCCAGUGUGGACGACAAGGAUAGCACCACCGGUAGCGGUAGUCCGGUGGAACUGUUUCGUUUUCAUCCCGGCGACCCAGGCGAUACGCUGGCCGCUGGUUGCGCACCGGACGACACGGAUGUGGCCAAGUUGACGAUUAAAAAGACAGAGCUAAGCAUAAAUCUGGCACCGCUCGAGUACGACUACGGGCGGCCAUCGCACGACGAGCGGCUGAAGCAGCGACUCGGCGACGGCAAGGACCUCGUCUCGUCGAACCGCAACUCGGACAUUGAAACGAUUGUCGAAGAUCCGGUGGCGGAGCAUGUCGAAAGCGUGGAAAACGGGACGGGCGAGGCCGGCGACCCGACGACCGGCAGCAUCAGCGUGAUGCAAGCGUCCGAGAUGGUACUGGUGGAACCGUUGGUGGAGGAAGGCAUUCCGAUCACACCGAGCGCGCUGUCGAAGGACGACGAGUGUUUGCAGCAGGCCACGACCUGCCUCAUCCCGGUGCCCGUGUACGACUGUGUGGUCAGCGAGUGGAGCACGGCGCGGCCCUCGGAGCAGUGGAUUGACGCGUCGAUGACGGAGUACGCCAAGUUUUCCGACUGUCUCGACAGCAUCAAGGAGGUCAACGAGAGCGUGCUCAGUGACCCGCCCCAGACGCCCGCGGACGAAGAUGACUUUCCCGGGGAGAAGAUUACCGUCGAAGGGCCCCCGCAGGUCAUCGAACCACAGACGAGCGUAGAGCUCUCCGAGGACGGUACGUCGGAGGCGGCCGAAGGCGAAAACGGUUCCUCGGAGGAUCCGAGCGAACCGUUGCUGUGCACCCCGCCGGUGUCGAUCAUUUUCACCGAACCGGAAAGCACCGAGUUCACGACGAUCGUCGACGGUGGCGGCGCAGGUGGCGGCAUGCACAAGGUGUCGGUCAUGCUGGACGAUGGCAGCGAGGUGGUGGAAGUGGUAGAGGUGCGGAAGCGCCACAGCAACCAGGAGGACACCGGUGGCGGUGGCGACACACCCAACUGUCGCCAUUCGAACGAAGGGGACGAAAAGCGACGGCUGGAGUCGCGCAAAUCGCGCCGCAAGGGUAUCUACAUCCAGUGGCCCGCCAUCGAUGGCCACAGCGAGCUGGAACCGGAACUGGGCGAAAGUGGGCUCUCCGACCCGGCGGUCACCAACGAGGUCACCGGUGUGGGCUGGAGUGCUGAGUGCGGCCUGGGGCGGGGUCACGAAAAGGACUCGAGCCUGGAGCUGAGCGGCGAAAGCUUUACCGAUCUGAGUGUGCGCGACGAAGCGGGCGACAGUUUGGGGGCCGAUCCGGUCGAACGGUCCGGAAACUGUUCACCGGACGGAGCCCGGUAUCGGUUGGAUCCGACCACGCCCGAAUCGGACCCGGGCAAGGCGGGGCCGGUUUGGCCGGGCAGCAAGGGCGGCAGCAAUCGGCGCCAGAGCCUCACCUACCAGAGUUCGGACGAAAAGGACGAUACGCUUCCAACGGCGCCCACGUUGGCCGUACGCUCGCUGAAAACCCUGUUCCUGCGGUCGGACUCGGUGUCGGACAACGAGAGUGACCGGGCGUCGUCGCGGGAUCGCACGAGCGCCUCGCCCGCCCCCGGUGGUGGCGAUCCGGACCUGAGGCGCUACUCGAAGCGACCGCUGCGUGGUCCCUACGGUCAGAUGCUGGAGGCCGAAAUGAAGAAGCCCACCACGAAGGUGCAGUACAAUGAAAUCCUGGAGGAGCUGACGCGCAACGAAAGCCAUGGUUCGCUCACGAGCGUUACACGGAAUCGCACCAGCGCCGGAAGUCAGUCGAUGGACGAAACGAACGAUCGGCACGGCGGUGGCAAGGCUUCGGGGAAGCCACGGAAAGCGAGUGCCAAUCUGCCGGUCCCCACGCACGUCCGGACCGCUUCCAGCCCGUCCAAGCUGUCCGAUUCCUCGUCGUCGAAUGCGUGGGCCGCCACGGUUGCUACCCAAAGCGCAGCGAAACGUCACCUCAGCAACAUCGAACAGCGCAGCACGGACUCGGACCGGUCGGAGAAGUCGACUGGCGGUGGUGGCAAGAAGUUCUCGCUGGACAGCCACCACGGCGAGAAGCUGUCCAAGCGGGCAUCCGAAGGCGGAGGGAUCGUGCGCGAGAAGCCCAGCAGCAAGCGCAGUGGGUCGAGUGCGAGCGACAAGCAACCGAAACGCAGCCUGGACGAGGUCCGACUGUCACAGACCAGCCGCACGCCAUCGGAGAGAAGUAUCACGCUGGUGCCGGAUGCGGCGGGGACACCGAAAGGCAUGGCGGCAUCGCCGGAGCUGCUGGCCGAGCUGCUCAAGGGUUCGAGCGAGAAGCUCAUUACCGAGCAGCUGACGACGGGCAGUGCACCGGGCAACAAUGGCAAUCCGAGCACCGCCCUGCCAUCGGCUGUGCUGAACUGUUUGGAUACACGAACACACGUGGUGGUCGAGCUGUUCAACACGGAAAAGUCGUACGUGGAAUCGCUGCAAACAAUAGUGCUGAAAUACUUGAAUCAACUGAAGUCGUCCGAAAACUCGGCCUUGGUCGAUGCACAAACGGUGGACGAGAUUUUCUUCAUGGUCCCGGCGAUACUCAACAUACACGAGCGCUUCUUGGAGGAGCUGCGCCGCCGGCUGGACUCCUGGGACAAAAUGCAAAUGAUAGGGGACGCGUUCGUCGAUGUGUUUUCUCGCCCAGUCAUACUCGAUACGUACACGGCGUUCGUUAACAACUGGAACCGGGCGAAGGAUGCGAUACGCAGUGCGAGACAGAAGUGCCCGGCGUUUGCGAGGUUUCUGGAGGCGAUGGCCCGCGAGCACAAGGGAAAACUUUCGCUCGACAACCUGCUGAUCAAGCCCGUACAAAAGUUUCCCAACUAUGAACUCAUUUUUACAAGACUGAUUAAGCACACGGAUGUGGCACACCCGGACCAGAAGCCCUUGCAGGAAGCUUUAAAACUGGUGCACGAUAUUCUGAUGUUUCUCAACUGCAAGGAAAAGGAAGCCCUCGAGAACGGGCAACGCGAGACGGCCCUGCGCGAGCUCGAGGGUGUGAUCGAGGGUAUGAACGAUCUGGUGACACCCGAGCGGGCCUUCCUCCGGCGCGACCUCGUGUCGAUGUCGUCGGGCCAGGUAACGCUCAAGGAGCGGGGCUUUUUCCUCUUCAACGAUCUGCUAGUGAUAACGAGCAUAAAGCGACGAAGCGGUACGAUUCGAAAAACGAACAUGACUUGCCCAGGAAGUGUGGCUUCAACACUCGACACGAACAAAUACAAAUACCUUACCAAGAUCUCUCUGGACGAUUUGGAGAUUGUGAAAUCUAAAGACGAGAAUGUGAGGCGAAUCAUGAAAGAGAUCGAACAUCUAACGGACGACAGUGGGAAGCUGGUGCAAAUAUCGGACCUUACCGCCAGUCUCCGGUGUUCCCAUGGACCGCUCGAGGAAGCGAUCCGCGAUCUUCAGCGCGAAAUUCAACGACAACUGGCCGAACGGCAAACGAACGAUGCUCAGUUGAACGUGCUAGAGCUUACGCUGAACACCUCCAAUGGCAUUCAGAACAUGACGGUGGUCUUCUCGAAACCGGACAAACGCACGGAGUGGGAAGAAACGUUCACGGAGGCCAAGCAAAAGCUAGCGAACAGUGUUGAGCGCAGUCAAGUUCCCGAAUUCUUCGUGUCCGUGCCGAUCCGUAAAACCCGGGCUGGACUCCAAUUUACUUGUGCCUCACCGACACUGGGUACGCAGAAGGAUGUUUGGGUGUGCAAUAGUGACGGCUACGUAGGGCAGGUCUGUGUGCUCAGUCUCGUGCCGGAGCCAUCUGUAACGAGUUGCAACGGUGUGUGCAAUGCGAGGAUUCUGUGCGUUGCAUCGGUGCCCGCUAGCGAAGAGCGGGCUAGCUCAGCGUUGAUGAAUGUGAAUAUAUCCAUAGUCGAUGCCACCUGCAACAGUAACGUAGUCAGCAAGUCAGCGGCAAACUCGGCUGUAAGUUCGCCGGCUAAAAGCACGGAACGGAAAGGAUCGUUCAAGCACACCUGCGACCACACGAGUAGUCGGACGGCCAGCAACGAGUCCGACAUUCAGCUGGAUUCGGGCAGCUCAAGUGAAGAUUCCGAGCCCGAAAGUCAACCGGAGCGGGCUUGCAAUACUAGCCAGUCGUGCGUCUCGCUGACACCAAACCACCGGCAGCAGGACCCAACGGCGACUACGGCUUGCUCGAUGACGGCUGCCGAUGUAGAGCCGGAAACUCAGCAAUCGACCAUGUGGCUCGGAACGGAGGACGGCUGUAUUCACGUGUACAACUGCACGGACAACAUACGUAUCAAAAAGAACAAGAUUAAAAUACCACACGUCAGUGCGGUGUACUCAAUACUCUAUCUCGACAACCGAGUCUUCGUUUCACUGGCCAAUGGUGAUGUGUGUGUUUACUCUCGCGACCGAACUGGUUGGAACGUUUCUUCCCCCUUGACGGUCACGGUCGGUACGGUGACAAAUCCGGUAAUAAAGCUCUUGAACGUACACGGAAAACUUUGGUGUGCAAUACAGGGCACCAUUAAAGUAUUAAACACUAAAAGUUUACAGAUUGAUAAUCAAAUUCAAAUCUCAAACGACUCAAAACCAAUCACAAAUAUGACAGUAUUAAACGAUUACGUGUGGAUUUCGGUGCAGAACUCGGCACACAUCAAGUGCUGCCACCAUGAAAGCUUUGAGGUUAUAUUUGAAGUUAACCUGGCACCGUCGGUCAACAAGAUGCUUUCGAACUGUGAUGACAUCAUCCGGCAGCACAAGGCUGCCUGCCUACGGGUAACUUCGUUGCUGGCCUGCAAGGAGCUCAUCUGGGUUGGGACCAGUGCUGGCGUGCUGCUUACGAUUGCGGCGCACAACGUGGCCAAAGGUUCCUCACUGCCUGUCGUCACGGGUAUUCCACACGGUCACACCGGCCACGUACGAUUCCUGACCUAUGUCGAGUCUCCGGACGGUAUUGCGGGCGAAGAAUCACUGGCAUUGCGUGACGGAUCUGCAACGAGCGCAAUGAUCGCUUCCGUUGGCAAGACAAAGGGUAGCCUGACAAGCAGUCAGGAUUUACUCGUCAUAUCCGGUGGCGAUGGUUACGAGGAUUUCCGCAGCACCGGCAACAACACAAUGAGCGAUGUCGCCGGGCGUGAGGAUAGCACCAACCAUUUGUUGCUGUGGAAAGUGUAAGAAGAAUUUGAUUACCGGAAGAAGUGUUUCACGCUAUCCGGCAUUAGUUAGCCUUCAGGUUUGUCUGUGUCCGUUGAAAAAUGUAUUUUGAUUGACUUUUUUCCGCAUACGCGGUGCAGCGGAAAGGUACACCCGGCAAGGUGAAUGAUUUGGCCGCACCGAUUUACGGGCAAGCUGGACUUGUCUUUGUUUUCAAUUUUGGUUUGUGGCGAUCGCGCCAAAAACGCUCACGUUUGUUGCGAAACAGAACUGUUUAAACCUUUUUUCAAACCUUUUUUUCAAUGGCCAAACGCAACAAACGAUAAGACAAUAAGAAUUUACAUGGUUAAACGGUAUUGCUGUAAGGUCCGUCGGUUGGCGCUGAUAAUUAAUUGAAUUUCGUGCGUCGUUUGUUCACUCCACUAUUCCAAAGUACUCAUUAAACAAACACGCAGCUCAACUAGCGACAAAAACGAUGUUUGGUGUGGGCUGCCGCAAGAGGAAGUUUCGCCCGUACCAUUUAUUGCUUGUCUCGUUUGUGCAUCGAAGUCUUAAAAAGAAUUACCGGUACUGGCACAUCCCUAUUUACCAAUAUUGUAAGGCUUCCAACAUUACUGAAUACUAUGGUUACUACCGAUACACCAUUGCUGCUAACGCUGGUGACUAACGGCGUAAUAAUCGUUUACAAUAUAGUAGAUCAUCGUCAAGAUGGAGUGGCAUGCGUGUAUCGCAGGAGCGCAAUGCGGCGGUCACUAGGCAUAAACCGAAUCAGUUAACAAAUUGGGAUGUAUGAACUAAUUGGUUCUGUUGUAUUUUUUUUUCAAACUCUCAUCUCAACUGCGCGUGAAUGUGAAUGCUAGUCGUAUGCUGUAGAAGCAACAAAAAUAUGGAGAAGCACAACCUAGUAGGCAGUGGCCCUUGCUGUCCCGUGUACUGUUGUAGCUCUAAGCAACCGAGCAGUACGUUUAAAUGCUAUCCUUAUUAUGAUUAUUAUUAUUAUUACUAUAUUAAUACAAUAUACACACAUACAGACGCCAGACGGCUACUUAUCUAUCGGCGCGAAAGCAGGGUACUGUGAAACGAUUCCACAAUGCAUCUUUUUAAGUCACUGUAAACCCCUUUAUAACGUGCGCAAGUCCUUGAUAAAAUACACAUACGCCUGUAGAUGCACACGGCGGCGACCGGUGUAGUGUGAACGAUGUACGCAAGUAUGAAUUUAUCCAAUGAAACAUGCAUGUAAAUGAACCACAGAUAAACUGUAUCUGUAUGCGGCCACGUUGCGCCAAGGAAUUCCAGUAGGAACGAAAGCAAACGAAAAACUACGACAAACGGGUUACUGUGUGCGCGAUCGGAUCGAACGGGAAUGCUCGUGAUUGCUCAACGCCGACCAUAUUUCCUCCGUUGUUUAACGCUUUAAGAUCGUUUCUCCCAUUCGUGGUGUUGCAGCUCGGCGACCCUCCUCCGCGGUAUGAACUACUCCAGUGCACAAGUCCUCCGUCAGUUUGGAGUCCCGCGAAAGG